UUCUGCAGCUGCAGAGCGAGAGCCGACUCGAGCUCAACACCCCGGCGCUCAGCCUCUUCAAAGUAACUAUUGGCCAGUAGGCGUGUUUUAACUUGGCUCGGUCUGAAGUUGGGACCCAGCAGUGGAGGUGUGGGCUUCUGUGUGGGGAGCGAGAGCGAAGGGGAACUGUCUGCUGUGGUGAUACAGAUUCCACCGGCUUCGUUCUUGAGUGCUAGAACACCCCCAUCACCAAAUAGCCACCCCAAAUGACACCCAGGGACCUUCGGCUCUUUUAGCAUUCCGGAAAAUGCACCUUUUAUCUGUCAACAGCUGGGAAAAAAGCAAUUAGACCUGCAGUCCCAAACCAACGUCCAAAAUGAACGUCAAUCCCGAUUCUCUCUCCAGUAACAAUUCGUAUCUGAUCUGUAACAACUGUCAGAAGGUGCUCAGAAAAAAGGAAAAAGGAAUGCGAGUCCCCCGACCCCUGACAAGUGGCCCCAGUGCCUUUAUACCAGAAAAUGAGAUCUUGGAGGCGACGCCGGCAGACACUCACACUAACCUGCUGCUGGUAGAGGAGUAUUCCACAUCUGGGAGGAUAGACCACCUCACUCAGCUGAUGGGCCUUCACCCCCAGUACUUGGAAUCCUUCCUGAGGAGCCAGUUCUACAUGCUGAGAAUGGAUGGCCCACUGCCCCUGCACUACCGCCACUACAUUGCCAUCAUGGCUGCAGCUAGACACCAGUGUUCUUUCCUGGUCAACAUGCACGUUCAGGAGUUCUAUCAGAUUGGCGUGUGUCUGGAGUGGCUCAAAGGCCUGGAGUACAUCCCUCAGAGGCUGAGGAACCUGAACGAGAUCAACAAAAUCCUGGCCCACCGGCCCUGGCUCAUCACCAAGGAGCACAUACAGAAACUUGUGAAGACUGGAGAGAACAGCUGGUCCCUGGCAGAACUGGUCCACGCCGUGGUACUGCUGGCCCACUUUCACGCCCUGGCCAGCUUCGUGUUUGGCAGCGGCAUCAACCCGGAAGUGGACAGUGACAACUUCCAGCGGACCACGGUCAAUAAUUUCUGCAUUUGUGACUUGGCCAACGACAACAGCCUGGAGGACAGCAUACUUGACUGCGCCAACCCUGAGACCAAGGACUCGGUGAGCGAGCUUGAGGCUCUGAUGGAGAGGAUGAAGAGACUGCAGGAGGAGCGAGAGGAAGAGGAAGCGUCGCAGGAGGAAAUGGCCACACGUUUUGAGAAGGAGAAGAAGGAGAGCCUCCUGGUGGGCUCUGGAGUUUUUGAGGAAGUGGUGCUGACAUCCAGAGUCUCGCGCUUUGUGGAAGAUCCCACCUUUGGGUACCAGGAUUUUGCGAGACAUGGAGAAGAUAACCUUCCGACAUUCAGAGCUCAGGACUACUCAUGGGAGGACCAUGGCUUCUCGCUGAUCAACCGGCUGUACUCAGACAUUGGCCACCUGCUGGACGACAAGUUCCGCACUGUUUAUAACCUGACCUACUACAACAUGGCCAGCCAUGAAGACGUGGACACCACUAUGUUGCGCCGUGCACUCUUCAACUAUGUGCACUGCAUGUUUGGCAUCAGAUACGAUGACUAUGACUAUGGAGAGGUGAAUCAGUUGCUGGAGCGGACUCUGAAGGUCUACAUCAAGACAGUGACCUGCUAUCCCGAAAGGACUACAAGGCGCAUGUAUGACAGCUAUUGGCGCCAGUUUAGGCACUCCGAAAAGGUCCAUGUCAAUCUGCUCCUGAUGGAGGCUCGAAUGCAAGCUGAGCUUCUGUAUGCCCUGCGCGCCAUCACUCGCUACAUGACCUGAGUGACCCAAGAUCCCCGGCCUCCGAAAGACACCUUCCUUAGCUGGGACUGUGGUGGCAGCCAGCUCUCUCGCGAAGGAUCACAAGACAAUCUUGAAACCCCAGUGUCAAUAUGCUUUGUCAUGCGUCUCGUGACAAGUUUAAAGUGCAAUUUGUGUUUCCCCUCCACGAAACAUGACACUGAGCAGCAAGCACUAAAUCCCCUUUUAGCUUCUCUAAGAAGCUAGAAGCAUGUUUGUUUCUUUCUCAGUGGUUUUUCAACUUCUUUAAAAGAAAAAUAAAACGGCAAAACCAACUUUAAAAGAGUAAGCCCCCUACAUUGUGCAGGCAAGCCUUUUUGUAAGGGUGCUGGGUAGUUAAGCGUCUUAACUUUUUUAAGACUAGUUAAUGUGAAUAGGCUGAGAGCGUUUCUUUAAUCUUUUGAUAUGUAGCUUUUAAUAAAAUGUGAAAUUCAUCAAAAAAGAUAAAAUCUUACUUAAGUAUUAUUUUUUUCCUACAAGAUUAUAAAACGUUGCUCACAAGAUCCACAGCAGUUGAAGCUAUUCUGUCAUUAUUCUAACUGGUUUUCAUUUGUAAAAAGUACCCCCAUAGUAAAAUUAGCACCACAGUGCCUAAUGUUACAUAAUUGGUAACUGAUCUGGCUAGUACAUUUGUUCAUGUAUACGAGAACAUUUUAUUUUCAUCCACUAUCAUGGACUGUUUCUUUCUCCUACAGAGUAAUGCCUGUUUAUAUUAAAUAAUUUUAACAGAAGAAUGACCCCUACAAGUGUAGGUUGGUACAAUCUUAUAAAACUUCAUUGCUCUUAUAUGUGUAUUUUAUCUUAUUUUAUUUUAUCUUCACCACUUUGGAGAUUCAAAGCUUCUUAACCCUAAGUCAGAAGAAUUUAGGCCUGAAAGAAUAAGCUUGUGAUGAAAGUUCUUAGUGCAAUAUUUAAUGGUUUGCGUCUCCCAACUUUUUCUUUCAAAGCCUAGAGAUAAUAAAUUCAUGCUUUUUGUUUGCUGCAUUUUUUGCACACUCUUAAAAUUUUUAGGAUUUGCUUUUUUUACUACUUGGGCUCUGGUUUUGUUUAUUUCUGUACAAGUGAGCAUGUCUCUAUUAAAACUAAAAAUCCAUAGGUGAUGUAGCACCCAAAGCAACCAUCAGUUAUUUUUAGCAUGCAGCACAAUAUUCAACAGUGCAUUGCACACAAACAGGUAGUGAGGUCAGUAUCUGCUAUGGUUGGAUGUUUAUGUUCAAUGUUUAAGGACAGCUGUUGCUGAGAAUCUGGGUGAAUUGGUUCAUUCAGGAUGUUUGCAGUGGCUUUGGGAAAAGUCACAGAGUUCAAGAAUAGACUUUUUUUCACCGCCUUACAGAUAUUGAAGACAAGGUGUUAUAAGUCUUUUGCUAUAUCCUUAGUUCACAAACAUGAGCACAACAUUUGAUUAAAAAGGCACAUUAAUUAAAUAGCUUUCACAUUUUGCAGCCAGUGGGGUUUCUGUCAAGAUUGGUUCAGUCAUUGUUAGUAAAAUAAAACCUAAUUGUCUGCAAUAAAAACGUCAUUGCAGAGUUCCCACUUGUAUCUGAUCUCGCACACGGAUCCCUAAAUAUUUUUUUAUUGUGUAGUUUGCCUUACUGCUCCUUCCCAUUGGUUCCAUAUAUAGCCAUAAAAGAACACUAAAAACUGUGAAUACAGGUAAAAAACCAUCAGAUGCCAAAUACAUUUUUCCUUUGUAAACAGAUUAGUUUCCGUCUGUACCUACAGAUAGUUUCUGAACUGUCUACGUCUAGACUUGGGUGUGGCAUUACUUUUCUGUUUAUCAUACUGCAAAACACAGAGUGCUUAACUACGGAAGUACAUGAAAAACCAUAGUAACAAUGAAGAUAAAUAAUCCAGUGUUUUCAGUCAGCCAAAGUACUGUUGGGGCUAAUGGGGAAAUAGAGGAUUGGUGUUGGGUAGACUGAACAUUUAUGCAGUUCCCAUUCAUUCAAAUAUUUCUGUAGCAUUAAAAGGAUUUACACUUUUUGGUGUAAUUAUGUGUUGAUGAUCAGCAUCUAGCUUUCCCACAUGUGUAUUUAAAGAUCAGAUCCCAUAAGGAUUGCCAAAUCCAGGUUGAUUGGUAGUAUUGGAAGAAGCAACCAGUAUCAAGUACAGCAUUAUUUUGGGUAAAUAAUUAAGAUUUAUAAUGCAAAAGCAAAAUAAUAAUAAUAACAGUCUAGAAAAAAAGCUGUUUCCAAAGUGUAAGACAAGUAUUAGUGGGAUUAUGAGGAGUGUCCUUCCACGACCUCGAGAGAUCUGGGGCUCCUUUUUUUCUUGUUGUCUGAAAAUGCAAUACUCUGUGAUUCUGGAAGUGCCCUUUAUGAACGACAAUAGAUUCAAACUUGAAAUGUUCCUUUACCUAUGCUUGCUUGGACUUGUAAUAUAAUGAUGUAAUGAAUGUCUGUAUUUCUACUGAAAAAAGAAAAAUGUUGGGGAGAAUGAUUCCAGCGUACACUUUAUAUCCUUUUGUUCUGUAAUCUCAUUUAGUUGUUUUCUUAGAGAAAAUGUGGUAGCAUGUAAUGAAAACUCUUCAUAUGCAACUGUGUGUACCUUAUUUCUUGUUAAUUUUUUUGUAGGAGCCCUUUCCUUAAUUUUGUCAGUAUUAAUACCUUGAUCAGGCAUGCUCUGUUUUAUAAUUUGUAUAUACCUUUGGAAUAACAGAACUGUGAUGCUACCUUUUUCAGUUGUGCUUUAUUACUGUUAAGGACUGUUAAUUACUCUUUUUAUUGUUUUUUUCUUUCCAUUGAAUCUGAAAUGAUCAUCAUAUCUCCCGUUUUACCUGGAAAAACGUUUCAGAAUUCGAAUAAGCUAUAAACUUUUUUUUGUACUGUGCUGCAGAUAAGGAGUAGUAGACCAGAACAGAUGUAAUACCUUUAAAGACUUGUAAGCAUGACAUCUCUUGUGAAUUUCCAUACUGAUAUACUAUACCACUGAAUUAUUGAGAAAUGACUGCAGUAGUGAAUACCACAUUGCCACUCUGGCCCCCAGCAUGAAGAUAAGAAAACCCGACAAUUUGAAUUCUCCAACCACAACAUGUAAACCUGAAAAGAGUUUACAUGCUGUAAACUAAGAUUAUUACAGGAUAAUACCAUAGACUACUCUUAGAAUACUCCCAAGCAUCGUGUAGUACAUUAUCAGUAUUUACUACUGCAAACCAAUUCAGAGUACAAUGAAAUUUUAGGAAUAUGUAAAGAACAAAAGCAAAGUUCCCUCUUGAGAUUUAUCGUUGGGAACCUACAAUCAGGUUAUUGGGAGACUCCCAUAAAGUGAAGAAGUCACUUGAUUUGAAUUGUACCCACAUGGGCUCUUAACUACACACAGCUAUGUGUAACUGGCACAUUUCUGAGGAAAGAUGUGUGUCUUGGUGUUCCUUUUCUUUCUGAGUUGAGUGGAAUGGGAGUUAAAAUGUGAUCUGUGCAUUUGAAAUUGAGAAAAAAAGAAAUAUUGAGCCCUGGUAGGCCUGAAAGAAAAAAAAAUUCAGCAGUGCUUUGUGAAUGCUUGUUUCUCUGUACAUGUAUGUAAAAAAAGUCUUUAAAAAACCCUUUGAAUUCUGAAGUCCCAGUUGGUAACUUUUUUUCAAGAUGAAAACAUGUUAAAUUACAAAAGAACAAUAUUUUUUAGUUCUCCAAAAAAUGAGACAUUUCUCAGUUUGCAGUUAUUGCUAUACAUUUCUCAGUUUGCACAGCGGACUUUGUCUGCCUUGGAGUGAAAGUGUCACUUUGUCUGAUGAAAACAGAUUUAAAAAGAGUUCAAAGCAAUAUUUGAACUCAAUAUAUCAAUAUAUUUUGUUGCAGCUAUGUAUUCUCCUAGACAAUGGAAUGCCUUAUCUUAGACAUACAUAAGAGUGACUGUAAGUGGUAACAGCAUCUUUAAACUCUUUAGGAUAGGCCUGUCUUCAUUUAAAAUUAUAUUAAGAAUUCAUCCGUUUUGAUUAAAAAUGUGAUAAAUUUGCAUUCUAAAUUUGCCGUAGGAGACAUUGCACAGUUGGAAUGGCGCUUCAACUGUGGAAUGGCAGUAUUUCUGUAGCAAUGCUAGUUUUGUUUACUUGAGCCCAAAACUAAUUAUAUGUGUUACUAUUGUAGUGUUUCAAUAAGUACAUUUGUACUUUAGUCCAAUAGUUUUUUUUGUUUUGUUUUCAGUUUUCUUUUCCUAGGUACGGAACAAUGGGGUGGGCUUGUGAAACUAUACAGUAUAUCGCAUUUAUAUGAUCAGGAUUUUAUUUUGCAUUUGCUUGUAGAGAAGAAAAUAAAAGAUUCUCAUUUAUGGUUUCAAUAAAGCUGUCAAAACAA